CCCAUUGGCUUAAAACAGGCAAAAGCAAACCACGUGACAUAAUAUAAAAAUACAUUCACAUAGAUUCAUAUGUCUGAAAAUUUCGAUUAAAAUGUGUUGACAAACUGAAGUCACGCGUUGACUACGUGUUUGUCAAUACAAUGCUUACUCAUAUAUAGCUAAAGAACGUUCCUCCACUCAUUACCUUCUCUGUUCGGUGCCGUUUAUUAGUCGCCACAGUGACGGUGCUAUGUGGCGGCUAGCCGUGCUAGCAUGGAGCUAACCCCGUUCCCACACCACCUCAGUGCUGGACGAGGGUAAAGGCAGAGAGGCAGUGACAGGCUGCGGUGAGUGUCGGUACGUGUCCGUGCAGGAAAACUGCUGGGUGACAGAUUAUGAAAACAAGUGGUGGUCAGAGUAAUUUGUCCUACUUAGUUGCUUGGUUAAUUAUUGGGCACAAUGUGCAGUAAAUACAUGUAUGUCGUGGCGCAUGUCAUAGUUCCUCAUUUUCAACAUUUCGCUUGUUACUAUAUCAGCAACCGCUGUCCAGAUGAUAUUACAUUUACUGCAAUGCUAGGUUUCCACAUUAAUUAUAUUUUCGUGCAGUGGCCAAUAAAGCGUUGUCAUUUUAGCAAGUCAGGACCACGCGCCAGACAUCAAAACCUGCCAAAUCCAUGUGAAUAUAAGGUUGUUUGUGGAAAAACACAUUACAGGACCUGAGGCCUGCCACGCUUCAGCUGUUGAUGUUGAAUUCGGAUGGGACACAGUUUACCAAUAACCCUUCCUUAUUUAGUUAAAUUAUUCAGUAUCUGUACCUGUUACAGUGUCUCACUGCAGCUAUUGAAUCGAGCACAAAGGUUUAAUUUAACUCUUAUAACAUAAAGAAAUGUUUGUAAAAAGUCAAAUACUAUUUCUAUAUUUAUAUUUCUAUAUUACACCAAUGAGCAUCUUAAAUGUAAAUAAACUGAUCAGCUACAGCAUGACUUAUUUUAAUGUUGUGAUUAAUCAAUGAAUGUUUAUGUCCUCUUAUGAAUAAGUUCAUUGUGAACUGUUAUUAAUGUGAUUCUCUAGCUAUUUUACAGUUAUUGCAGUAAAUCUACAAAUACACAGAUCAGCCACUUCACCAAAUUGAGUUACCUGUUUUAAUGUUGUGGCUGAUUGGUGUACAUCUAUUUCUGCUAGUUCAGAUAUCUACAGGAACUUGGAUUCCUUUAUACCUGCAGGUAGGUGGCGAUAACACACAGACGAAACCUACCCAGCAGCCAACCAGCGAGCUUGUUUACCUGCUCCUCAGGUAGGACUUGAGCAGGGGGCAGGGCCUCCCGGCAGCUAGGAGGGAUGCCUGUUGAGGGCGGAAGCAGCAGCGGCUCUGCUUCAGCAGCCCGCCACCCCAAGCAGAAACGCAAGGCUCACAGUUUGUCUAUCCGCCGCACCAACAGCACAGAGGACAGGCCCCUGGGCAUCCACAGAGGAGACAUGCUGGAGGGUCAGGACUCCAAACUGCCACUCUCUUUACGGAGCAAUCUUCUCGACCUUUUCGGACAAAUAGAGCGCGAGUUUGAAAAUCUGUACAUCGAAAACCUUGAAUUACGCCGGGAAAUCGACUCCUUGAAUGAGCGUCUGACCGGAGAUGGACAGACUGUUGAGGGAGGAGAUCCCACCAAGGGAGCCUUGAAAACAAAAGCCAGCCACAGCACCAGUCAACUGUCACAGAAGUUGAAGACGACCUACAAAGCCUCUACCAGCAAGAUUGUUUCCAGUUUCAAAGCCACCACAGGCUCCCGGGCCUUGUGCCAGCUGCUCAAGGAAUAUGUGGGUCACCGGGACGGGAUCUGGGACCUCAGUGUCACCCGCACUCAGCCGGUGGUCCUGGGCACUGCCUCUGCAGACCACUCAGCUCUGCUGUGGAGCAUAGAGACUGGGAAGUGUCUGCUGAGGUAUGCAGGUCAUGCUGGAUCAGUUAACUCCAUCAAGUUCCACCCCACAGAGCAGAUGGCCCUCACAGCCUCUGGAGACCAGACAGCUCACAUCUGGCGCUACAUGGUGCAGCUUCCUGCCCCCCAACCACCACCAGAUGCCCCAUGUGAUGAUGACCAGGACUCAUCAGACAGAGAGGAAGGAGAGGUGGAUGGAGAGGGACCCUGUGAGGUUCCCACUGUCCGGGUGGCCACGGCAACACUGAAGAGCCACCAGGGUGUAGUGAUUGCAGCUGAUUGGUUGGUUGGAGGCCGACAAGUGGUGACUGCUUCCUGGGAUCGUGCUGCCAACCUGUAUGAGGUGGAGACAUCUGAACUGGUUCAUACACUGACUGGCCAUGACCAGGAGCUGACCCACUGCUGCACCCACCCUACUCAGCGGCUGGUGGUCACUUCAUCCAGAGACACCACCUUCAGACUGUGGGACUUCAGAGACCCGUCCAUCCACUCUGUCAACGUCUUCCAGGGACAUACUGACACGGUGACGUCGGCUGUGUUCACGGUGGGCGACAAUGUGGUUUCGGGGAGCGAUGACCGCACUGUCAAGGUGUGGGAUUUGAAGAACAUGAGGUCGCCUAUAGCAACCAUCCGCACUGACUCGGCUGUGAACAGGAUCAGCGUCUCUGCCAACCAGAGGAUCAUCGCUCUGCCACACGACAAUCGACAAGUCCGGCUGUUUGACAUGAGUGGACAGAGGCUGGCCAGACUUCCACGCAGCAACAGAAUGGGUCACAGGCGUAUGGUGUGCUGCACAGCGUGGAACGAAGAGAACCAGUCGUGCAAUCUGUUCACCUGCGGCUUUGACCGACAGGCCAUCGGCUGGAACAUCAACAUCCCUGCACUGCUGCAGGAGAAGUGAAGCCACUGACACACAUAUACACACACACACACACAGAUCAGCAUCUAUUAUAUAUACACAAUAUGGAACAAACACACACUGUAAUCUGUGGACCUCGUACAUGCUCAUAUGAUUAAAGUGUUUACCCUGUGAAACAUGUUUUCUGUGAUGAGCUUCACAGCUUCUCAGCAGCUGGGCAAGAAGGUGUGAAAUUUAUUGUUCAUCACAGUCAGUGUAGUUGUUUUUUGUUUUUUUUUUGUGAGACAGCAUUGACUGAUAAGAGAGUUAGUAUUCAUAUUAUUAAUAUUCUGUCAUUGUGCACAUGUGCAGACUGUCUCCCGACAUCAAGUCCACCAUUUGAAAAUCCAGUGUGUACUAUGCCACAGAGCUGCUCCUCUGUAUUUGAGCCCCUCACUUACUGAGCAUGGAUUGUGAAUAGUGCCAGGCUCAUCCAUUCAUCUCUGGCCCUCUCUGUUGAAAAGACUAUAAAUCUGACUCCACAGUCACACGCUGCUCCUCACAUCACUGCUGUUUGGUUACUGCUGAAUGGAAGCUCUUGCAUGUAGAUAAACUAUGAUUACGAGGCCAGGACACUUUGUAGAAUAUGAUUUAAAGACAUUAUGUAUAUGCUGUAUGAAGGUGUGGCUAGGAUGUUGCUCAUUAAAGGGAUGGCUCAGGGUUUUUUUUUUGAUGUGUGGAUGCAUGAGGUAUUGAGGUAUGGUCAACACUGACCUCACGCAGCAUAAAGGCAGCAACAGAAGGAAAAACUAUUGUUAAGACUUGUCUCAUAAAAUCUAUUCCUGCUUAUGUUCGCCACUUAAUCCCAGUGUUUUUCAUUUUAGAUCAGGCCAAAGUCCAUAGAGAAAAUCCCUUAUGUAAAUCCAACCAAAGGAUUUCAAACAAUGAAGUCACAAUAUGUCCCUGUGGCAAGUGACAAGAUGGCAGCACCAGUGGAUUAACCAAUCCUGUUCACCAUGACAAAAAAUGGCAGAUUUUCAUUGUGGACUUAAGCGCAGGCAGUGAGCGCUUUACAAAUGUGCAUUUCCAGUCUUCGGGUGCCUUAACUGCAGGGGAAAAGUGACAAAUUGUGACAAAGUGGCAUUGUUGAGAUGACGUAGGACUUAAGCAGGUUUAUGUUUUAUUAGUCAAGCCUUUUUCUGUCCCUGCUGGCAGCCAUUUUAUUAGUGAGAGCAAGUGUCCAGCUCCCAGGCUGGUUCACGGAAACAGGUGCACUUCUUAAAAAAUCUGAGCUAUGCCUUUAAUGGAUUUCUGUCUGGGUAAAUAAACAGAAAAUCCACCUUUUUUUAAAGGUGAAACUUGGAGGCGAUAACAUAGAGUCUGUGAAAUGCUUUUAUUAUUUUUGUCAAGCUAGGAAUAUUUGUUAUUAUGGAGCCAAACAUAUCAUAUUCAGACCUGUGACUUGUGUCUUAAACGGUUUAAACGGGAUCCUGCUCUCCUGUCUGUUUUGACUUAUUAAUAGUCUUUGCCUUUUUACUUUUAAACGCUUUCAUUUCACAGCCAGCCUACGUCUAUAUUGAAGAUACCGCGACUCUGCCUUGUUCUGUAGGUUUUUAUUUUAUUUUAUUUUUUUUAUUGCUUUAUUCUGCCUUUCUGUCAGGAUGCAAUGUGUCAAGCAGAGCGUAGCAAUAAUUGGAAAACAACUGCACUUCUAUUACUCUGUGAAUGAAAAUGUGUUCAACAUAAUCAUAAUAAUGCCAUAUGAAAUAUUCGCCUGAGGCUGCAGCAGGUGUCUUGUUAUCACACAUCCAUCCUUUUCAGCCUGUUGCCAACUCUGUAUCGCUGUGUUUUGUGAUCUGGAGUGACUCAUUUCUGUGCUUCUAUGUCAUAUUAUCAAAAUAACUGAACCCUUCGCCUUGUAAGACGUUCUGUUAAAUAUUUUGCUGUAGAUGAAGCUUUCUGGUCUGUGACAACUUAAAACAGAAGCAAUAACCAUGCUCCUUGGUGUUUUCAGUCCUCAGAGUGUGAACCCCAUGUUGUUGUUGUUGUUUUUUCACUAAAUAUGACGUUCACACUGAAUCUGUUUGAAAGAUGACUGCAAAGUCAUUACUUGUUACACAUGUGCAAUAUCCUAAACAAUGAAGUCAUGCUGUUGUUUCUCACCUUCAGAUGUUUAAGGCGUCUCUGUGCUGUAAAUCCAAUGAUACUUGUUGUACCCGUGUAGCUGUAGCUCAGUAUACAUACUGUAGAUCCACAUUGGCUUCAGAUGACACUUCACUACCGUUUCUACCAACAAUAGGACCAGGAUCCUACUUUAAAGUAGCAUGAACUUAAAAAAUGAAUAAACGCCUUACCAUUGUAUUGAAAAGUGGUGCAUUCGCCUUAUCCACCUGAGCAUCGAUGUGCUUUUCCAAAUGCUUGUCAGACAGCUAAUCGUGUUCCACUGCAUAGGAUAUUUGCUGUUUCCUCAUGCAGGCAGCUCUGGCUCACACCCUUUGGUGUCUGUGUCAGUUUAAUCUCCAGGUAGAAAGAACAAGGGAUGUAUAAUUUGUGCCCCACAUAUGAAUCCUAACUCGGCUGAAAUCCGCAGUUGGGUCGAUGCAUUAAAUGACUAUGUGCUACAUUUGAGGAGGUAAAAAUGGUGACAGGCCUCAUGUCAUUGUGGUGAAUCAUCUUCGCCUCAAACUUCAUUACGUGAACUACUUACAUACUUUGUUGUGACGGGUACGUGCUCUCUGACACUUUCCAAUAAAAAAACGUGUGAUUUCCUC